UCCAGCACAGCCCGCACGGCUGCUCGCUCACUGUUGCGUUUUUGUUUGGCACGAAACCUCGUCCGGUGCGUUUCAUGCCGCCUCAUCAACGCGUCCACCGUGUUCGUUUCCCGUUGCCCCCGUCGCCGCUCACCACCAUAGCACGAUAGGAUUAGCCGCCUAGCAGCAGGACGCAAACACGAGCCGCACUUCCUUUCCGGCGCUGCCGCAGCCGUGUGCGCCGCGCUCAUCCGCUUUAUUCAUUUGUUUCAUCAAUCCGCGCGGCGGUCCGGUGUGUCGCGUCUCCGCCUCGCUCGCGGCUCGCAUCUUCAGUGUGUUUGUUCUUCGCGCGGCGGUUCAAUUCGCCUGUGUGUUCACCACGUAUACGCCGACAAGAGGCGUGCAGAAUCAUGGCCGCCAACUUGACUCAAGACCAAUUGAUCGCGACGAAAAAAUUUCUCCAGAUUGUCAACGCCCGCUCGCGACAUAAACACGACCUGAAGUUUUCGAUGGCUGUGAAGUUUCUCUUCGCACGAAAAUUUGACGUCGAGCGUGCUAUCGCCCUCUAUCAGCAGCAUGAGGUGACUCGUCAGCGUGAAGGUCUAAGCAACUUUGAUCCAAAGGUUGAACCGUUGAAAAGCGAGCUAAAAACUGGAAAAUUUACGAUUUUGCCUAAAAGAGAUAUCGGUGACGCCGCCAUUGCUGUUUUCACAGCACACAAACAUAUCCCAGCGAAGAGUACACAUCAAACCACUUUGCAGGGUGUCGUUUAUCAACUGGACGCAGCACUGCAGAAUCCCGUCACGCAGCGCUCCGGAAUUGUUUUUAUCUACGACAUGUCCAACUCCAAGUUUUCCAACUUUGACUACGAUCUGAGUCAGAAGAUCCUGACCCUCCUGAAGGGAGGUUAUCCUGCUAAACUGAAGAAGGUGCUCAUCGUGACGGCCCCGCUGUGGUUCAAAGCACCAUUUGGAAUUUUGCGACUGUUUGUGCGCGAGAAACUGCGCGAGCGCGUCUACACCGUGUCGGUGGCGCAGCUGUGUACGCACAUCCCCCGGGAGUCGCUGCCCACGCAGCUGGGCGGCAAUCUAGUUCUGGAUCACGAUGGCUGGCUCGCCGACUGUAUGCAGUCAAUGACUACCAGGGAGGAUUCACCAACACCCGACUACGAUGGCAAAUCGCCAUCGUCGCCGGAUAAGCUCAUCAACUCGGACAUUGAGAUCUCAGCAUCCCCCAAUAACAUAAACAACAUGGAGAGCAGCUGGGCCGAGGAGGGCAUCAUGAACCCGCCGAGCAGUGCCUCUUCGGGCUUCUCCGACGACGACUCCUUACACGGUGACGGCGCCGUGAUGAGUGUCCAACAGCUGGUCGAACAUGUCCGUGACGCAGGCCGCGAGGGUCUCACUAAGGAAUACGCGGAAAUUCGCGCACGUCCACCAGAGGGUUUGUUUGCCUGCGCGCGCCUUAAGAACAACCUGCCGAAGAACCGCUACACGGACGUGCUGUGCUAUGAUCAUUCUCGCGUCAUCCUCACUGAAUUACCCGGCGAGCCGGACAGCGACUAUAUACAUGCUAACUUUGUCGAUGGGUACAAGCAGAAGAACGCUUUCAUUAACACGCAAGGCCCGCUGCCGAAGACAACGCCUGAUUUUUGGCGCAUGGUUUGGGAGCAGCACACGCUUGUGGUGGUGAUGACCACGCGCGCAAUGGAACGCGGGCGGGUCAAAUGUCAUCAGUAUUGGGAGAGCGAUGUGGAUCGCGAGACUGCCUACGCCGAGUUUAUCGUACGCACCAUCGCCAUUGAGUCAAACGCUGACUAUACCGUUUCGACUAUCGAAUUAGUUAAUAACAAAACGGAGGAAACAAGACAAGUUUCCCAUUGGCAGUUUACCUCGUGGCCGGAUUAUGGCGUCCCGCACACGGCGAAAGGACUCAUUGAGUUUCUAGAGCGCGUGCGUCAACAACAAGCGACUAUGGUGGCAGCACUGGGCGAUACGUGGGCGGGGCAUCCGCGUGGUCCACCGAUAAUUGUCCAUUGCAGCGCUGGUAUUGGUCGUACCGGGACUUUCUGCACGUUGGAUAUUUGCAUAUCACGGCUCGAAGACGUUGGCACCGCGGACAUCCGCGGCACAGUCGAAAAGAUCCGCUCGCAGCGCGCAUACUCGAUACAAAUGCCCGACCAGUACAUCUUCUGCCACAUCGCUCUCAUCGAGUACGCGGUGAUGAAGGGCCACCUUCAAGCGGCACUGCUGCCCGAAUUCGCAGCCGAAGACGAUUCGGAGUGAACGAACAUAUAUUAAAACACGAUACUGUGAACAAACACGAUGUGCUGUGCGAUUUUUGUCCGGUUAUUGAUAAGGUAUUUUGCAUUAACGCUAACGAACGAAAUGAUAACGAAUCCGCGCGCGUCGCGUCGACGCAGAGCGGUUGUUUUUAUAUUGUAUUCAUGCCUCUUAUAAUGACCAAUGAUGCGGCUCGCAUUCGAUUGGUGGGCGUGUGCGACGUUGCCACCGAUCGGAUGAAAUCGUAGCGAUGGGAAAACUUGUGAUUUUUUUCAUAAGAGUGUGACGACGUAUUUAUUUAUGCGGUUUAUUUAUGCGGAAGGGUUUGCGCUGUAGAGAGGGUUUUAAUUUGUAUAGAUUUGCGCCAUUGCACGCAAGUUGUUUAGAUCUGCAUUGCUUUCAUAAGUUGACAUAACACAAAUCCAUCCAAUUCAAUGAACACUAAUUAUAGAUUACAAUAUUUAAAGAGUUCAUAUAAUAUUGCCAAAUUAAAUCUAUUACAAUACUACAUAGCAACAACACCGAAAAACAGAACAUAAAAUUAAUAAUGCAGGAGGUUGAAAACAUAAAAUGCAAACAUAAAAUCGUUCGUUUCAAACAAAGUUCCUUAAGAUUCAAAAUGGCGUCGUACAUUCUCUCAUCGCUGACAAAAUGAAACGAACUUGAAACAUGAAGGGAUGGUUUCUACAAGACUGCAAAACGGUUUUAAGAUUAACUAAAUAAAUAAACUAGCUAAAAUGAAAGUAAACAAUUACCGAAGAAACAAAGGGAUGCAAGCGAUGUCACAUUGACAGCCGGAAAAGCGGAAAACAAAAAGAACUGAAUUAAAUCUAAAAAAAAAUCUAGCAAAAAUGUACCUUGUUACCUUUUUCGAUGCGAGUUUCCAAUUGGUUGCCCCUUUGUUUGUUUUGCAUGUUUCGAAUUGUCGGUCUUUUUAUACGAAUCACACCGCCGCCAGCUCUGAUAACUUUGAUAAUUUAUUACAACCCCAAUGUUUAUUGUAAAUGUUUGUAUGAAUGGAUUUUAGUUUUUAAUUGUAACGUUGGGCGAAGGCGAGGUGAUGAACACUUGAUUAUCUCAACAUAGUACAAUCGAUUUUGCUACACUAUGAUUCUAACUAUUAACGAUCUAGGAAAAUGAGACAUUCAUUUCAAUGUUUGUAUAUCUUGUCCUUCUGCUUGUUAUUGCGUUUCGAUUUGUGAAUCACGCUGUCUGGACAACGGCAGUGUGGUUUCUGAAUCAUAAUUGUGCAUUAUAAAUACUUGUUUUAUAUUUAUUACCCAAAAAUCUCGUUUUCAUCUCUUUUAUUGUCUAAAUCAAGUUUUGUCUAUGUAUUGUAUAUAAUGUAUCCAUGAUUAUUAUUUCUUUGAAAACGAUAUACAACAAAAUAAGAUACAAA